CGAUAACGGGUUCAACACAUGCGGGUUUGGUUGGAGUCUAAUCCAUACCCGACUCCAGAAGCUUCUUUCUUCUUCUUGUCUUCCUCAAACUCCCAUCUCCUUCUCUCUGGAAUCAUCACCAUCGCUCCCCUUCUUUAUCUGUAGAAACCCUCAAAAAUUUGCAACCCAAAACCAAAAUCAUGGCCGAUUCCUUCUUCAUGGAUCCCUUCAAGCGCCUCUUCUUCACUCAAUGGGCCGGGCCCACAUCCUCAGCUCCCAUGGACUGGAUGGAGACCCCAUCCUCCCACAUCAUUCGCAUCAAUGUCCCAGGGUUGAGUAAGGAUGAGAUAAAAAUCCAAUUGGAAGAAGGAAACGUGCUGCAUAUAAAGGGAGAGGUUAAGGAGGAGGAGAAGAGGAAGGAGAAGGAGAAGGAGAUGGUGUGGCACGUGAUGGAGAGAGGGAAGGAGGAGGGGUUUGAUAGGAGGUUGGGCUUGCCUGAUAACGUGCGGGCUGAGCAGAUUAAGGCCCGUGUUGAAAAUGGAGUGCUUACUGUUGUGGUGCCCAAAGAGCCUGUUGGGCCUAAACUCACGCCCAGAAGCAUCCCGGUGUCAAGCAAGCUUUAAAACUUUAUGUAAUCAAAUAAUAAAGUUUCUAAGUGUGUUCGCAUGUACUUCUAUUGUAUGGUAAAAAUGAAUAAAGUGGUUUUGGUUGUA